AUGGAGGAGACCGGGUAUUGCUACAGUGGGAUGGUGGAGACCGGUUGUUGCUACAGUGGGAUGGUGGAGGGCAGUGGGAUGGGGGACUUUUGGUGUUGCUACAGUGGGAUGGAGGAGACCGGAUGUUGCUACAGUGAGAUGGAGGAGACCGGAUGCUGCUACAGUGGGAUGGAGGAGACCGGAUGUUGCUACAGUGGGAUGGAGGGGACCGGAUGUUGCUACAGUGGGAUGGUGCUGCUCCCCCUCCCGACACAGGUGAUGGGGGACACAGUUGCUGCUCCCCCUCCCGACACAGGUGAUGGGGACACAGUUGCUGCUCCCCCUCCCGACAAUGGUGAUGGGGACACAGUUGCUGCUCCCCCUCCCGACAAUGGUGAUGUGGACACAGUUGCUGCUCCCCCUUACGACACAGGUGCUGCUCCCCCUUACGACACAGUUGCUGCUCUCCCUCCCGACACAGUUGCUGCUCCCCCUCCCGACACAGUUGCUGCUCCCCCUCCCGACACAGUUGCUGCUCCCCCUCCGGACACAGUUGCUGCUCCCCCUUCCGACACAGGUGAUGGGGAUACAGUUGUUGCUCCCCCUCCCGAGACAGGUGCUGCUCCCCCUCCCGACACAGGUUUUGGGACACAGUUGCUGCUCCCCGUCCCGACAAUGGUGAUGGGGACACAGUUGCUGCUCCCCCUUACGACACAGGUGCUGCUCCCCCUUAAGACACAGGUGAUGGGGACACAGUUGCUGCUCCCCCUCCCGACACAGUUGCUGCUCCCCCUUCCGACACAGAUGAUGGGGAAACAGUUGCUGCUCCCCCUUACGACACAGGAGAUGGGGGACACAGUUGCUGCUCCCCCUUCCGACACAGGUGAUGGGGACACAGUUUCUGCUCCACCUCCCGACACAGUUGCUGCUCCCCCUCCCGACACAGGUGCUGGGGACACAGUUGCUGCUCCCCCUCCCGACACAGUUGCUGCUCCCCCUCACGACACAGUUGCUGCUCCCCCUCCCGACGCAGUUGCUGCUCCUCCUCCCGACACAGGUGCUGGGGACACCGUUGCUGCUUGA